AUGGCAUCAAAAGACGUUCCACUCAGAAGAGUUAAAUAUUCUGAUCGCAGCCAACUUCCUAAUGACUACAGCUCCACCCCAGGAGGUAGUAUAUUUAGCACAACUCCCGGUGGAACAAGGAUUUAUUAUGACAGAGACACGCUUCUAAUGUGCAAAAAUUCUCCUAUUGCUCGUUCACCUCCGGUGGGUAUGGUUUGUUGCCCUGGUGUCACAUGCCCUCUGAAUUGCCAUGGCGAGUGCAAUUUAUUGAAAGCACCUGCCACUGAGCAAAAGUCUGCGCAGAAACCCGUUGCCACAUCAGAACGUCUAGAGAAUCAGCCACCCCAUAAGGACGUGCGUCUUGUCUGUCUUCUCCCACCGGGGUGCUAUAAAAAAGCGACAUUAGUAUUUUGUCCUCUGCACGCCGUGGGAUGCAAAAUUCUGCACAGCUCGGAACUCAUUGUUAAUCCUGAACACUCCAUCGUAAUGUGGUGA